AGCCGAUAUUACAGCUGAACCCUGACCUGCCUUUUGACACUUGGUUACCCUGUAAUAAUCACAUAAUGGACAAACUUCAUCCUUUUAGAACCAAAAAUUGACGGUUUUUUAACGGAUUUCCGGGAAAACAGCCGUCAGAGAAAACAAAAACAACCGGAAGUAGUAGUAGUCGGCAUUUCUACGCAACUUUAGUGGGCUGGGGUAAAAAUACGCCCUUCACGCUAUUCUCCAAUUCCGAUACGCCCAGAUUUGACGUUCUCGGUGUUGUGGCAGUGGACCCUACGUCAACAGCGUUUGGGUUCCUGUUUGUGUGAGAGGACAUUUAAAUGGCCACAGCGUGAAACAGUGGAGCUCCGUAAUAACGCAUUUAUUCAGGCAAACAGCGUACCGGUCUGCACGCGGGACCUUACCUCUGCGUCAAAACCGCUCGGGUUUUACCGCAGAUCUGUGAAAAUGAGCGACGAAGAGGACUUUAUGCAGAAAGCCCGAACCAGGUUCGAUGAACUGUGCCGAGCCUUGAACAUGGACGAAGAGGCGAGUACCGAAGCAUGGAGGAGCUACGAGAACAUCAGCAGGAACUUCACUCUGGAGGGCAGCGAGCUGCACUGGCUGGCCUGUGCCCUGUACGUGGCCUGCAGGUCUUCAGUGCCGACUGUAGGGAAAGGUACCGCUGAGGGGAACUACGUCUCCCUGACCAGGAUCCUGCGCUGCUCAGAAAUGAGCCUGAUCGAGUUCUUCAGCAAGCUGAAGAAGUGGCAGGACAUGGCCAACCUGCCACAGGACUUCCGCCGGAGCACGGACAAGUUGGAGCGGAACUUCACCGUGUCGGCCGUCAUCUUCAAGAAGUACGUCCCCAUCUUCAAAUCCAUCUUCAAGGCCCCAUCGGAGGAGCCAGCGCGGGUUCACCGCAGCCGAAAACAGAGGCGCCAUCCCUGCACUGUGACCGAAGUCUUCAACUUCUGCUGGGUGCUGUUCGUUCACGCUAAAGGGAACUUCCCCAUGAUCAGCGACGACCUGGUCAACUCGUACCACCUGCUGCUGUGUGCCUUCGACCUCGUCCUCACCAACGCACUGCUGUGCAACGCCAGGAAAGAACUGCUCAACCCUGAGUUUAAAGGUCUCCCAGAGGACUUCACAAACAAGGAUUUCAGGCCGUCUGCAGGUCCUUUCUGUUUUGUCCAGCAGCUCUGUGAGCUACAUGAUGGCCUGGUGUUAGAGGCUAAAGGAGUCAAAGAGCAUUUUUGGAAGCCUUUCAUCAGGAAGCUCUUCCAUAAGCGGAUUCUCAGAGGAAAGGAAGACAGUCUGACUGGUUUUCUGGAUCCUAUGAACUUUGGAGACAGUUUCCUGUCGCUCAGUCGCCUCUAUGAGGAACAUGUUCUGGCUACAGGGAGUCUGGAUGAGAGAAUCUUCACUGGAGAGGGGGCAAAUGACAACAUCGGGACCCCUGGGCCGUGCCUGUGUGAAGGGAUGGAGAACCAGGACAGUAACGCCUACAGACUGAGCACAAACCUCACCGCCUCGGUUCUGAAGGUAUCCACUCCUCUGACGGGGAGGAAGUACAUCCAGGAGAUCCGACUGUCUUCCCCGCUGUCAUCGGCCAUGAAGAGCGUGGGCCGUCUGCACACUCUGCUGUCAGGCACCAAACACGGGCCGAGCGCCAAGCUGGCUGAGAUUCUGAGGUGUGUGGAAGGAGACCAGAGGUCCACAGCUUUGUUAGUGAUCGAGGUGUUGGUGCGCUCAGAGCAGGGUCUAUCCCGUGAGGUGGUGAAGCACCUGAACCAGGUGGAAGAGCAGGUUCUGGAGAGCCUGGCCUGGACCAGCGGCUCCCCGCUGUGGCAGAGCCUCCGUACGGCCAAAGUGCCUUCAUGUCAGGAGGUGAUGCCUCCUCAGUAUCUGGAGCAGAAUGAGGAAACCAGCACAGGAAGCGUUUCCCACACCCCCAUCAAGGCUGGAUCUGAUCUAAGAGCCAACAGCAUCAUCAAAGGCGUGUCUCCCUCCCCCACCAGCCUGCAGGACAGGUACAGCUCCCCUCCCAGCGGAGGCUUCCGGCGCCGUCUGUUUGUAGACCCGGUGGAAGGCGAGCCCAGCGUCACCGCCACGCAGCAGAGCGCCGUCCCAAAGACGGGCAUCGUCACCGCCUUCCCAGCAGGACAGACCGUGUUCACCGUCACCACCAACAGCGGCCAGACCAUGACCAUACCUCUGCAGGGGAUAGCCAAUGAGAGUGGGAGCAUCACUCUGAUCCCCGUUCAGAUGAGUGGAGCCACACUGCAGCCGCUCUCUGCUCAGACUUUGACCGGCACCCUCGCCAUCCAGUCCCCCGUCACCAAACCAGCCGCCAAAGCCGCCAGCAGCUCGCUGAGGAAAGGUUCCCUCUCUCUGUUCUUCAGGAAGGUUUAUCACAUGGCCAGCGUUCGCCUCAGGGACCUCUGUGCCAAACUAGACAUCUCAUCAGAGCUGAGGAGGAGGAUCUGGACCUGUUUCGAGUAUUCAGUGGUCCACUGUACAGAGAUGAUGAACGACCGUCACCUGGACCAGCUGCUCAUGUGUGCCGUUUACGUCACAGCGAAGGUGAGUAAAGAGGACCGGUCCUUCCAGGACAUCAUGAGGUGCUACCGGACGCAGCCUCAGGCCAAGAGCCACGUGUACAGAAGCGUUUUGAUUUCAGGGAGGAGAAGGCCGGCCUUGGUUUCUGAUGACCCCAAGACACAAAGCUCAGCAGCCAACAGCAGCAAGGAUUCAGGUGGGAAGCAGCUCCCUGCUCCCUGCUCCAAAGAGGAAGAAGGUGCCAAAGGAAGAAACAGUAUAUACAGUGACCGGACCUGCGUCUCACCUGUGAAGCUUAAAGCCAUUAUUUCCUUUUCUCCGCAGGCUGAGACCCCCCCUCUGUGUCCGUACCCGUCCUUGAGGACAGGCUCUCCUCGGCGGAUGCUGCUCUCCAGCAAACACUCCAUAUACAUCUCACCUCACAGGACUCCCUCCUCCCCGUCUCCGACUACGGGGGAUCGCAUUUCUUACUACAUCUGCACCAGCCCCCCCAACCGUCUCCAAGAAAUCAACAGCAUGAUCCGGACCGGAGAGACUCCCACCAGGAAGCGCAGCAUCCCCCUAGAUGAAGAGGCAUCGCCUAAACGGGUCUGUCCCGACAACCACACCAGCCUGCUGCGCCGCCUGCAGGAUAUCGCUAAUGAUCGCAGCUCCUCCCACUGAUAUCUUCACCAUGGCAACACAGCAAGAGACCCGGAUCCGCCUUCAGAGUUUUAGUGAUUCUGGUGCAAGGAGGAUGUUCCCGUUUUUGGUUUAAGUCCGUGAUUCUGUUAAGUUUUUGAUUGAAACAUAAAAUAUUCUGUUAAGUAACAACAAAAACUGCAGAUUAUUUGUACCACAUUUAAUUAUUUUAAUAACAGAUUAUAGCAGGUAUAGUUUUAUGCUGUUAAAGCAAACUUUAUAACGAGUCUCAUCCAGCAGAACUGCAUCGUUUUUUUCGACGUGUGAUGUUUGUAAUUAUAGUUUUAAAGACAUUUUUCUGUUUUAAAUUAUGUGAUAAAAUAUUUUGAGUCUUUCUUAGGUUGUUUGUUUAUCAGCUGCAGCCACAAUCCAUGCAUUUCCUCACAUAAACAAAGGCCUGUAUGGAUUUAAUGGCUCUUUUACUCUGUGUUUUGGUUUAUUUGACAUCCGUUACCCAUUGGAAGCAGCUAAAGGAUUCUUUCAUUUUGUUCCAUUUAACUCAAAGUUUAUAGUCAGAACCGAUGGUUGGAGCAUAAAGUUUAAGUUAAGAUUUGGUCUCUGCUUUUAUCUGUCUGUCUGUUUAACCAGCUCAGCAUCACCUCCGCUGUUAGAGCAAAAAACAUGUAAAUAUUCUGUAUAUACAAAGAAAAGCUAUUUAAAAGAGGUGAUGUAAAAUAAGUGCCUUUUUUUUAUAUUUGACAAGUUUUCUGGAAUGUUCAACAACAAAAAAGUGUUUAAUA